GAAAUAGAGAAGUCUAUACAACAAAACUUGUUUUUGGUGCAAAUGCAUGUGUAUACUUCGGACGCCGACGCGCAUGCGUGUACGCGCAUGUCUAUAUAGCUUUGGAGAAGAGUAGAGCAAAGUGCGGUCACUGCAGUAGUUGGAACUGAACAACAAGUAUGUUGGGCUCGUUCGUUCUGCUGUGGAUAUGUAUCUGUCUCCUCUUAUUCUUCUUCCUGAAGUUUAAUAGACCCCAAAACUUUCCUCCUGGUCCACAACCCAUUCCAAUAUUUGGGAAUCUGCUGCAUCUGAGCUUGGGGAAUCCUAUGAAAGACCUGGAGAAGUUGGCAAAGCGCUAUGGGAAUGUUUUCAGUCUUUAUAUUGGUGGAAGGCCAGCUGUGAUUCUCAAUGGGCUUGAAGCUAUGAAGGAGGCCCUGGUUACCAGGGCUGCAGAUUUUGCAGGAAGACCCCAAGACCUUAUGGUCAACCACAUCACAGAAGGAAAAGGUGUCAUUCUUAUGGACUAUGGCUCCAGCUGGAAAGAGCAUCGUCGCUUCGCCCUGAUGACCCUGAAAAACUUUGGUCUGGGGAAGCAGUCCAUGGAGGAGAGGAUUCUGGGGGAGAUAUCGCACAUCAUUGCACCCUUGGCGAAAAGCGUUGGAAAAUCCAUGAACCCUCAGGUUCUCUUCCACAAUGCUGCAUCCAAUAUCAUCUGCCUUGUCCUCUUUGGGUCACGUUAUGACUAUAACGAUGAGUUUCUUAAGACCUUCGUGAAGCUCUACACUGAGAUUGCAAAGAUCACCAAUGGACCCUGGGCUAUGCUUUAUGACACAGUGCCCAUGCUCCGACACCUUCCCUUGCCAUUCCAGAAGGCCUUUCAAAAUGUAAUUUGUUGCAAACAGAUGUCUCUUGGACUAGUCACUCAGCAUAAGGAAACCAGGAUUCCUGGGGAGCCAAGGGACUUCAUUGACUGCUACCUGGAUGAACUAGAAAAAAGAGGAGAUGAUGGAUCUUCUUUUUCAGAGGCCCAACUCAUAAUGUACAUCCUGGACUUGCACUUUGCUGGAACAGACACCACCUCCAACACACUGCUCACUGCUUUUCUAUACCUCAUGACCCACCCAGAGAUUCAGGAGAGAUGUCAGCAGGAAAUUGACACAGUUCUGGAGGGGAAAGAACACGCAUCUUUUGAGGACAGACACAGGAUGCCUUACACUCAGGCAGUUACCCACGAGAGUCAGCGCAUCGCCAGUACUGUCCCCCUCAGUGUGUUUCAUAGCACCACCAGACACACUGAGGUGAUGGGCUACAGUAUCCCAAAGGGAACUUUGAUCAUUCCAAACCUCACCUCUGUGCUGUCUGAAGAGGGUCAGUGGAAGUACCCCCAUGAGUUCAACCCCUUAAACUUCCUGAACGAGCAGGGCGAGUUUAAGAAGCCUGAGGCCUUUAUGCCGUUCUCUGCAGGGCCUAGAAUGUGUCUUGGAGAAGGACUCGCUCGCAUGGAGCUCUUCCUGAUCAUGGUAACUCUGCUGCGACACUUCAAGUUUGUCUGGCCUGAGGAUGCAGGGGAACCUGACUACACCCCUGUGUUUGGUGUAACCCUGUCCCCCAAACCCUACAGACUGGGUGUAAGACUGAGAGGGAACUAGUUAGGGGGAAGAUAUUCUAGACAGAGAUCAAAUAGGAUUGGUGUAAUAUUGUAAUAUAAUAUAAUAUUCAACUAUCUAUAUGUAUUUGUGCUUAACACAUUUUUGUUUUUAAUUUGUCACAAUUUGCUUAUGUGAAUAUGUAAUAUAGGACUCAUUACACACACCCUUGAUGGGGAAAACUCACUAGUGAACGCUACAGGGAUAUCUGAUGUUAUAGGCAUUCAGUACCAGUUUUACUGGAUAGUACUUUCAAAACUUAUUGUGGGAAUCUGUGGCUUGAUGAAUUCUAAAUAAAAAAUGUAAUGUGAGAUAUUGUACUGCAAUGUACUUUAUCUAUACAGCACCUUUCACACACUA